GGGUCUACAUCUUGUUGGCUUUGCCCAGUCCGGAUGUUCCCCAGUAGCGAAUAACGAGCAGCGCUGUGUGAAUGUGGCAAUCGAGGUAGGCUGGGAGGGGUAGAUUUUAUGACCACACCGGUCAAUUCCCCUCCUUCCCUCUCUUCUGUAUAUAUUUUUUAUAUUUUAAAAUCUUUUUAACCUAGUGUUUCCCUUUUAAAAUCACGCCACGGCGGUGUUUGGACAGCAGGAAAGCCGGCGACGGCGGCUUUUUCUUUGGGACUAACGGCUGUCGUAAAAACAGUCCAGAAGAAAGAAGGAAAGGAAGAAACAACAUGGGGCGAUAACACGAAAAUGUGUUGACCGACGAUGACUCCGUGGGAAGACCCGUGAAGCUUAUUUAUUUUUUAUUUAUUCCCCCUUUCCCCUAUCUUUUUUUUAAUUUUUGUUUUCACAUUUUAAAGAAAUAACCUCCCCCUUAGCUAGUUUGGGAAUUUUUGAAAACGCUACAAGAAGGAUGGAGCAAGCCGGCAUCCUGAGAAAGUUUAUCCAAGGGGUGAAGGCCAUGAGCGAAGGGGACAAGGAGAGGGGAGAGGACAACUUCGGCAGUGACUUUAUGCGGUUGCGGCGGCUAUCAACCAAGUACCGAACAGAGAAGAUCUACCCCACCAAUGUUGGUGAGAGGGAGGAAAAUGUCAAGAAGAACAGAUACAAAGAUAUACUGCCGUUCGACCACAGUCGGGUGAAAGUUUCAUUCAAAACAACCAAUCAGGACACAGAUUACAUCAAUGCAAACUUCAUCAAGGGUAUGGACGGCCCAAAGGCCUACAUCGCAACUCAGGGUCCACUGCCAAACACUGUCAUUGAUUUCUGGAGGAUGAACUGGGAGUACAAUGUGGCUGUUAUUGUAAUGGCUUGUCGAGAGUUUGAGAUGGGAAGGAAAAAGUGCGAGCGGUAUUUCCCGCUGCCGGGGGAGGAGUCUAUGAGUUUUGGGCCUUUCAGAAUUUCCUGUGAAUCGGAGCAGGCCAGAACAGACUAUUUUAUCAGGACCUUAGUAGUGCAGUAUGAAAAUGAAACUAGAAGAAUAACUCAGUUCCAUUACAUGAACUGGCCCGAUCAUGACGUUCCCUCAUCAUUCGACUCCAUACUGGAUAUGAUCGGACUAAUGCGAGAGUACCAGGACAACGAUGACGUCCCCAUAUGUGUGCACUGCAGUGCAGGCUGUGGGAGGACGGGGGCCAUCUGUGCGAUCGACUAUACCUGGAACCUCCUCAAAGCUGGGAAAAUUCCUGAGGACUUCAACGUUUUUCGGCUGAUCCAAGAGAUGAGGACGCAGCGGCACUCUGCCGUUCAAACAAAGGAGCAGUACGAGUUAGUUCACAGAGCGAUCGCGCAGCUCUUUGAAAAACAACUUCAUCUACUGGAGAGCCCCACCAACACGCAGAUCCAAGAUGGCAUGGAUGAAGGCAGUCCUGUCAAGGCCAGCCUGCAUUCAGAUGAGGAAAGAUGGGACACGCCGCCUCCCAAACCUCCCCGCGUGCGCUGUUCCCAGGUUGAGGGCGAUGUUAAAGAAGAGAUCCUCCAGCCUCCGGAGCCUCACCCGGUCCCCCCGAUCCUCACCCCGUCUCCCCCAUCAGCCUUCCCCACGGUCACCAACGUAAGACAGGACAACGACCGUUACCACCCCAAACCUGUCAUACACGUCCUCGCCACGGCGCAGUCCAACGCCACACAGAAUAAAGACAAGAAUGAGCUUCAGAACAAACCUGACCCAGUCAAACAGACCAGCCCCUCGGAGCAGAAAGAUGUAUUAAGCCGAAACCAACAAACCCAGGUCUCAAAUGUAGACCUCAAUGACAACUACAGCAACAAGUUCUCCUCCACGUCUACAAAGCCAGAGUUUGGUCAGACUCAGGCGCCGUCCUCCCCCCUCUCCCCGGUCAUCGAAUGUCCCGGCGUUCCUCGGAUCGAGAGGAAGCUCAGCAUCGAGAUAAAAAAAGUGCCGCUGCAAGAAGGACCUCGGAGCUUUGACACGUGCUCUUCCGUCGGAGUAACGGGCGGACAGGCGGCCAGCUCCGCCAACAGCGGCUGCAUGCUGCAAAGAGGCCAGGCCUUCAAGUCCCGCUCUGCUCAGUCCCUGCUGACGUCCAGCUCCUCUCUGUCGGAGGACUCGGGCACAGAAGGAGGAGCGGUUGGUUGUUUGGAGAGCCACGCAGAGGGGAACACCUUAACCAGGCCAAACCACCUCCCCGUGAAGAGCGAUAAGAUAGAGCCACGGGAAUGUGGCAAAGCGGACGUGAAAGCUGGACACGCGUCAUGGACGGAGCCCUGCAACAGCCCCGACAAACUGUUCCCCAAAACCUCCUCCUCCUCGUCCUCCUCAGACAGAGUCGCUCCCUCUUCAUCCUCCUCCUCCCACCUCUCCUCUUCAUCUUCCUCCUCCUCUUCCUCCACGCCUGUUAGGACUGCCAUAAGUUUCACCAACCCCUUGCAUUCUGAUAACUCAGAGGAGGACGGGAACGAAGUGAUGUCCUGUGAAAAGGAGACCCUUCAUACAAGUGUUUCCAUGGUGACGACCGUGGUAUCCUCGUCGCUUCUUCAGCCGGUCAGAAAGGCGUUACCUGUCUCUAUCGUGGGCCAGAGCAUUCCAUCACCCACGGCAGACACUGCAAACCCACUCGACUUAAGAACACCAGCCUCAGCUGAAUGGAGCAGUCCCCAGAAAGAUUUGUCCGAUUGUGUUAUGACAUCCCCGGCUGACCCUGCGUCUGCUACCAACACGGCGACUGAAAGCCAAGCAGGAUUGGGGGGUCAUCAGAUUUUCGAUGCAGAGUGUGGGUUUUGCUGAGCCAGUUUGGGGGCCGCACGUGCAAGAUCUGCCUCUAAAAAGGUCCGGUAACCACGGCGAUCAGCCCAAAGGCCCUCAGAGAAGACGUGAUGGAGACGUGCACGUCCCGUAUCUGGAGAGGAACUCUAUGGGUCUCACCUGGCUUGCCAAAAAACUUUAGUUGCUACAGACUGACGGCUCCUUUUUUACCCCUGGAGGGGCUUAUGUGCACCCCCCUGCUAAAACCCUCCUCCUUUGCAAGUGAUGCUGAGCAACUCAGAGGAACAGCUCCUGGUUGAGAGUCCAUACUUUAAAACAACUUGCUGUUAAGUGAAGCGGGGAUCAGUCUCUUGAUGGUUAAAGGAUAAUCUUGAUAGUAGACUAACAAAGGGCCUUGUUUUCUCUUUGACACUUCAUAAAAAAGCUCCCUUUUUACACUAAAAGAGGGAUUAGGAGUGUUUCUUACACUUUGUUUUAAACCAAAUAAGAAAGUGUUGAUCAGGAGGCGGACUCCUGAGGUUUCACAAAAAAAACGUAGAGGUCGUCUCUCUACCUCACACGGAAUGAACAAUCUUUUAAAAGCGAGCUUAGAUAAUCUGUUACCCAUGAUGCAACUUUUUUCCUGUUGGGUAUGUGGAGGUUUCCAAGGAGCUCUUUGUAUUUCUGUCUUUUUUCCGGUGCUACAUUGCAAUAGAUCAGAAGUGGAAACGCGGCGGCGUUUACCUGCUUCCCCGCCGCGGCGCCGCUUUCGUGUUAGCAGUCAUGACACCAGCUCUUCUUGUCAGAAGCUAACGUGGCUUUCUUCACCGCUGAGAGGUAGAUUUUGUGCUAAACAUGUGUUGAUUGUUUCAUUGUUUCGAUAGAAGCUAACUGGCUUUAAAAUAUCUGAGCAGAAUCUCAGAAGGUGAGUAAAUAUACGUUUAUGCUGCUGAAAUAUCUCGUGAGUCUGUGAUUUAGCUAAAAGCAGGAAGUGUUUAGAAAUGGUAGGAAGCAGCUCAAAGUGUGCUGCUCCUUUUUUUUUCUUAAUAAAAUAAGAAUAAAUGUAAUUUAUCUCCUCUCCAUCCACCCGAUCUUUCUAUAACCUGUUGGGAAAAGCAAAGAGCUUUGAGACAAAGGAGUUUCCAGUCCCCAGAUUUAUCACAUCAGAGGUAAUAUUGCAUUAAGCACAUCAGUAAUGGGCAAACUCAUUAGCUCUAUGACUCUGGCUCUCACUGCUGGGACCCUAAGUCUGCCUUAAUCCACCUCCCAGAGAAGACAGCCGAUGACUGUCCUCCGGUUCUCCAUUCUUACAUGCUUUUAUUUUCUCGCCUUUCAGUAAUCGACGAUCAAGAAAGUCCUAGCUUUUCACAAUAAAACCUCAGUGUUUCGGAGUUUGAAUGUUACGCCUGAAACACUUGAAAUUCUGGACAGAUGAAAAUGAAACCUACACGAAUCACACUGGUUGUUCUUGACCUGCUUUAAACGUGUGUGGGACAACGAUCCAACAGGGACCCAAAACUACUGUUUUCUCUUUCUUUUUUUAAACAUAUCUCUCAUUACCUAUCAUGAUUUACAGUACAUUUUAUAAAGAGAAAGCACUGUACAGGGCAGUUUAGGCUUAUAGUAUUACAAUUUUUUAUACUAUCUCUUAAUUAUUCCUAAUAACAGAAGAUGUAAGAAAGUCAAUGCAUGAUGAUGAUAAAGAUUCUUCUCCCUAAAGUGUAAAUUAUUCUGCCACCCUCUUGUUUUUGCAUCUGGCAAAUAUUUCAGGGGUUGUUUUUAAUUUUUUAUGUUCAAACUAUAUACUUAACAGAUUGAUAUAAUGUUGUUUUUAAAUGGUUGGUGGAAGAAAAGCAUACACUGCCAGCCGGCCACUUUCUUCGACUAUGAUGGGCAAUGAGUAAGAUUGUAAUAAUAAUAUUAAUGGUGAUAAUAAUAAUAAUAUGGUCUGUUUUUUUUUUUGUUUUUUUUUUGUAAAUUGUACUUUUAAAGGUUAUUUUUGUAUACACAGUUGUUUGUUUGCAUCACAGAGCCACUGAACACCCUCCUUUCCAUAUUCUCAUCUGCUUUUUUCAGUUGAAAGCUGCUGCUUACAUUUCAUCAUUAACUAUAAUUUCUUUCAUCCUCUCCUACUUCAGCACUCAUCUUAGACCAGAGCCCACCGUGCCUUUAAGAGAACCCCCUCCCCUCAAAUCCACCUCCAAUCAUCAUUAGUGGCAUGAGCGACCUGAUUCGCUGCUGCUUGCUCAUCACCUCCUGUGAGACUUUUUUUUUCUCCCUUUUCCUGCCACACAUAAACUCACAAACACAUGCAAAAUGUUUGCAUGUUGCAGAAAUCAAUCAGUAAAAAUUACCAUAAAGUGAAAA